CUCGGCAGCUCGUCAUCAGUCGUGUUUUAGUGAGCUGCAGUACACAGGUGUUUAGAUCUGACAGGAAAAAAAAAUGUCUCGGCUGAUGCGACCCCCUGAUAAGUUUCUGCCAUCUGAGUGGAAACAUGCAAACCAGAUGCAGUUCAGGAGCUCGGAGACAGAACGAUCACACUCACAGAGACUGACAGCAGAGUGUCAGAGACUCGUAGAGGAGAGUGACAGAUCUACCAAACACAUGCAACAGGACGCUCUAAAGAAGCUGGAGCAGAGAAUCCAGGACAUCAAAUUCUGGAGGCAGGAACUGAACCGGAAGUUUGAGGAGAUGGUACAGGAGAUUGAGACCCUCGUCAUUUUCAAGAGCCGUGUAGAAAGAGCCUUAGAAAGCUGCUCUGAGCCUCUCCAAGUGACUUUGCAAUGUCUGACUGAGAGACAGAAGCGGGUGGCGAUUGACCUGGUGCAUGAUGAGGUGGAAGAGGAGCUGUUGAAGGAGAAGGAGGUGAUUGAAGGAGUGAUGGUCCUGCUUCAGCGAACCCUGGAGCAGAUCAAUGAGCAGAUCAGGCUCCUUCGUUCAGUGAAAUACUAUCUGGAAAAGGACCUGCAGGACAAAUUUCAGGCCGAGCGCAUUGAUGAUUUCUGUUCUCUUCUCACUAAUGCAUCACCCGGUUUAAACGGAGGGAAUUCAAACUUUUCUAGUCUUGGAUCUGCAGUGACUCCUGAGGAAUGGGAGAGCCUCUGCAACUUAAACAUUAGCAAAGCUGAGAAAGAGAAGAACAACUCUCUUUCACUGAGAGCUCUCGUGGAUAGCCUGCUAGAGCAGACGGCUGCAGACAUGCACAGACAGAACAAGGCCACGGGAAGGGCUUUUGAGCUGCGCAUAGAGGAGACCAAAACAGCCAAAGCACAGCUGGAGAACCAGCUCAAUGAGCUGCUAGCAGAGACAGCAAAUCAGGAGAAGAAUCUGGAGUCUCUACGAGUGGCAAUCGCAGAGAAAGAAGCUCCACUCAAAGUUGCUCAGACUCGACUGUCCACUCGCAGCCAAAGGCCCAACGUUGAGCUCUGCCACGACCCAGCUCAGAUCCGACUGCUGGAAGAGGUCAAGGAGCUCGCGAGCAACAUUGAGAGACUGACCGAGGCUCUUGAACUGUCAGAGAUGGAACUGAAUGCUCUAGCAAGGCGCCAGUUGAGCCUGGAGGAGGAGAUCCAGGUCAAGACCAACUCUCUAUAUAUAGACGAGGUGAUCUGCCAUCAGCUACGCCAGCCUGUGGUUAUUCACAACUUCUGAACAGGGCUCUUGCACGGCGGAAAG